GUCACGGAGCUCGACAGUUGAGGCCGAGUUCUCUUUCUAUUCGAGGCAACAAGUAGCUAUAAAAAUAAAGAGAGUCCUUCUUUUUUAUGGGAUUCUACGAACACUGCCACCGAAAAGUAAAGCGAUUAGCAAAGAGAGGAAGUCACAGCCAAUGAUAUUUAUUUUUUGGAUUUAUUUAUUUAUUCUACUCUCUCCAAAAGAAUUAUUCUUCCCGAUCCUUCUUUUUUUUACUUUCUUCCAUUAUUCUCCAGCAUCUCUAGCACGUUUUAUUCUCUUAUCAGACUCAAAUCGCACUACGCGGAAGGAGAAAGGGGAUCAGAUCGGCGAUGGUGAGGGGGAAGACGGAGAUGAGGAGGAUCGAGAACGCCGCGAGCCGGCAGGUGACCUUCUCCAAGCGCCGGAACGGCCUCAUCAAGAAGGCCUACGAGAUCUCCAUUCUCUGCGACGCCGAGGUGGCUCUCAUCGUCUUCUCCAGCCGCGGCCGCCGCUACGAGUUCGCCAGCUCCAGGUUUUAACCUCUUCUUCCUCUUCCUCCAUUGAAAAGACAACGGAUCGCUACCUAAUACGCACAAAAAAUGUGAACAUCAAACCGAGUGCAACAAGUCAUAAUACGCAGCUUGAAGCCACAAAUGUCAUGAAGAAGAUCACGCUUAUCGAAUCCCAUAGAAGGAAGCUGUUGGGUGAAAACUUGGGAUCUUGCUCAGAAGAGGAACUGCAAGAACUUGGGAACCAAUUAGAGGAAAGCCUCAGCCAAAUUAGGAAAAGAAAAGUAUUUUCUACUGCGAUCAACUUCAUUCCUUCUCAUACUCAGCUGAUUGCAAACCUCAAGGAAAAGGAGAGGGGCCUUCUGAAUGAAAAUAGUGUAUUAAGAGAAAAGUUGAAUGGAGGGAGGAUGCUACAAUUUAGUACUGCAGAAGUCACACAGGAAGAUCAGGAUGCUGCAGGAAUCACAGAGGUAGAGACCGAGCUGACGAUAGGGAGGCCAGGAACUCGCGACACGAGCCGUGCGUGCUCAUGUUCAAAUCUUGUUCAAUAAUCAGCUAAGAUUAUUUAUAGGUGCACUAAGGCAUGUACAGCUAAAAGAACCCAAGCCAGAGGAGAGGAAGGAAACUAGCUGAAAUGUAAGUUAAGGAUGCUCGUGUUAAGAACUCUUUGUCAUUCAGACUUAUGCAAGAACGAUAUGUUUCAAGUUUCAACUCA